UAGCCAGUUGACGUUGACGCGAGUACAUGCUGUUGGUAGGUGUGGGUGGCGCUGUUGGGCGGCGCUUGUUGUAGAAAAAGAGCUAUAUCGCUGACUUUUCGUGUGAUAAGCCCUCGUGUGAUAACAAAAGAAUGUGUUGAACGACGCUUGGAAAAAGGUGCCGGUUUCUUCGAAAUUAUGUAUACCGUGACUAGAAAUUAUGUAUGAAGAUAACAUGAAGUCAACAAUGCAUCUUUCGAGUUCAUGUCGCAGGCUGUUUACUUAGCGCACGUCGAAGCCCCCGGUUUCGGGGUCUUCGGUCACCGAGUGUCCCGGAAGAUAAGUCUGCUGGCGAGUGACGUCCAGUCUGGGAUUGGCGGGCUCUGGCAGCGGCUCAUUGAGAGUCCGAUGCGGGCACCGCAGCCCGGGGUCUCGGAACACCUGCUAUCUGGCCACGGAGGCCGUCACACGCUCGCUAGCACGAGCUGCCGGCAAGGGAGGACCUGUUUGCUGCACGUGUUGUGGAGGAACAGUUGUCCCGCAUGGCGACGAUCGGCUCUGCCACACUGACGGCACCACUGAUCUGUAGCCACGAAGUGGCGACACCCGCGUCAGUGGCACUGCCGGUUUACGAUGACGAAGUGGGUCUUGGCGGGCUGCUGGACCGAGAACCCGACGACCGUCCGGAGAGGGAACUCUGCCCAGGUGAUUCCGCUCGCCUCUCGCACCUCGACCGACUGGCGAUCGGCCGGCUGCAGGAGGUGCCAGCGUCCCGCCUCGCGCCGACCUCCGCAUCCGGGACGUCGUCCACUGGCCGGUCGCGACCCGCAUACUGUACGGAGCCGGCCGAACGCGAGUGCCGGGAUCUCGGUUCGGACCUGCACUCGGAGGGUCCGGCCCUGCCGCACGGAAGCGUGGGAGGCGUCGGCAAGUCGGAGUGGUACCCCUACGCCUGCUACUACUGCGAGUGCAGGUUCAAAUUCGUGAGCGCUCGUAGCAUGCACAUUGUGGACGUGCACACGGACUUGAUCAUCUCUUCCGGGCCGAACGAGGCAAAGCCCGAGAAUCGGCCAGGUGACGCGUUCGGUGGUGAAGACUCCGACCGCAGCCCCGGCAUCAACUUCGACACUCCGAAGGAAAUACUGGCACACCAAAAAGCGAGUCACCCCUGGCCCGAGCCCCCGGCGGAAGAGUUGUCACCGUCUCGUGCUGGGGGCCACGGGGCGUCGCAGUCGGAGUGGGAGCCGCAGUUCCCACAGGUGCCGGCGUCCGGCGUGGAACAGGGGUCUGGGUCCACCUUCUGCCUGCCACGGGUGCAAAUGGAUACUCCCUCAUCUCCGAAGCGAGAGAUCGAGGCCAUAUAUGUCAACGAAGAAAGUCCGUUUCUGCAGGAGUGCGAGUUGCCCGACGGCCCCGGUAGUGCCCGGGAUCCCCUAAGCUUCGAGGACGAGAUGGAAGCAAAAGGAAGCAAUCUCGGCACAUCGACAAGGCGCGAUGGUGAACGCUCGUCUCCACCGGCCGUGGAGACCUGCUUAUUCUUUGGUGCCGCAGCCUGGCAGUGCUCAGAAGUCGAGGAGAAAAGGGUUGCUGGCAGGAGUGGAAGUGAUUGAGUAACUGAAGAAUGGUUGAGAGAACUGUUACCCGAUCUGUAAUGUCAAAGCAUCACACAUACAUGUUACGAUCUAUUGUGAUCUACAAGUCGUGAAUGAUAUGCAUCUUCCGAAAUUGUAAAAGUAAUUGUACAGUAGAAUUGGUGCUGUUGUAAUACAGAAUAAUUAUUACAAACCUGAUUACGUCAUUUCAGUAGCUUAAGUAGGCCAGAGCUCUCUUUCAGGACCCGCCUCAAUUGCAAAAGGAGCUGUCACAAGGCACGGUUUAGUGAUGCUACGUAAGAAGUCCACUAAAGCAAUUAACUUCAAGAAAGUUGGCCUAAAAGUAUUUUGAAGGUGAAGUUGACACACAUGCAACUGGGUGGAAAAUCAUAAAUGCAGUGCAACCCAA